AUGUUUGCAUUUUUAAUUGUAUCUUCUUUGUGUAAUGCUCUAAAGAUUCAAGCUAAGAAUGCAAAUGCUAUAUUUAAGCAGUCACCUGUCACAAUAAUCUUAUUUAGAGAACGAAUUACUCCGAAUUCAAAAGAAAUUAUUUCCAUUUUCGACAAAUUAGCAUCAAAAUACGAACCUGAUAUCAAAUUUUACUUUUCCGAAGACAAGAAGUUUGCACAACAAUACAAUGCCGUAUUUCCAUUGAGAAUUGGCAUUUUUAGAGAAAAUAAUUUUGCUGGAUUUUAUGAUAAGAAAUGGACAUAUGAAAAUUUAGAUGUUUUAUGCCAUGAAUUGUUAAAUGUUGAAUACAAAACAAUAAAUUCUGCAUUUGAAUUAUACAGAUUCCAAUCUUUUGAACCAGUAAAUCUCAUUAUUACAGAUCCAUCAUUAUCAAAGAAAGCAUCAUCGAUCAUUUCUCAAUAUGGUGGACUCUUACAAGUUGGAAUUGUUACAAAUGAAGAAUUAAUUAAAGAAUUAAAUCUUCCUAAGGUCCAAAUUUGCCAUCCGCUUAACGAAAUGUUUUACAAUUUAACAGAUGUUGAUCCAAAGACAAUUUCGCAGUAUCUUAUACCAAAAUACUUAUAUAUCGAAAAUGAAAUGAUCCUUGGCGAACAAUCCAAGAUCAAAAACAGUCUAGUAGUGUUAUACGAUCCAAAGGAUCCAAAACAUGUUCAUGAAGUCUGCCAGAAUUUUGAAAUUGCAGAACAAAACUUCAGAGGAAACAUUUCUCUUCAAAUGAUUGAUAUUUUCCUUGCUCGGUCAUAUGUAGAAGAAUUUUCUAUCGUUUCUUAUUCAAAUCCUAUCUACAUUUACAUAUUCAAUAAUCUUAAGGGAGAAACGAAGCCAACUGUACUUCAAAAGCUUAAUCCAAAGCAGGAAGAGAUGAUUGCAUGGUUAAAUCUCGUAAUUCUUCAUAUUAAACCUCAAAGAGAAAACAGAAUUAAAUUACCAGUUCUUCAUGCCAACGAAUUCAUUGAAAAGGUAUUGAAUCCGAAGAAGGAUGUCCUCCUGUUUGUUGCCAACCCACAUAUGAAGAAAUACGAAGAAGGAUACGAUAAUAUGGAAAUAAUUGCACGACUUUUCGCAAAUUAUACAGAUAGAAUUGAGAUUUAUGAAUUUGAUAUUACCAGGGAACACGUUGAAGGUUUAACUCUGCCAACAACGAAAGAUCCCCAAAUUUCUAUUUGGCCGGCCAGUGAAGAACCAGAUGGAAGUACUUUCACAGCUCUGGCUCAAGUUCCAGUGCUUCUUGACCGUAUUGUCCAAUUAUGUAAGUCAGAAUUUACUGAUGACGAGUUGAAAGCAAUGGCUGCCAUUUUAGAACAAGAAUUGAUGUAA